AAUAACGUUCAGUUCAGAUACAUCUAAAUCUGAAAAAUUCCAGACAGAGUACAUACACAGAGGCUUAUCCCCCACAAGCCAUGCAUCGGGUGCAUACGGACCGAUACGGACGUAUUUGGAAACUAAGCUAAGUACAACAGCCUCAACAGCGUCCUACAAAAGAAUCUUUCCGGGGCAUCAAAACGAUCCAAACCAUGAAGAUUGCAGUGUUAGGUGCCACGGGUCAAACCGGCAUGAAUGUGGUGAGUCAAGCCUUGGACAAAGGCCACUCCGUGAAGGCGAUCGUGAGAACGCCAGCCAAAAUGACCAUCACCCAUGCUAAUUUGGAAGUGGUCGAGGGCAACAUCUUCUCUGCCGAGAGUCUCCAAGAGCAUUUCAAGGAUGUAGAUGCGGUCAUCUCGACUUUAGGAUUCUCUCCAUUCACUCGACCGGUCACGGGCUACCUCAACGCCACGAAGGCCAUGGUGACGGCCUUGAAGUCGUGUGAGAAGAAGAGAUUACUUCUGAUGCAUUCGUGGUACACUCAGCCUCAAUCUCAAUCCAAGGCGCCCUUUUUCAUCCGAUGGUUCCUCUUCACCAUCAUUGGCAGUAACUUGACCAACAUGUACGAGACCGAGCAAUACCUGGAGUCCGACGAGUGCCAAGACAUCAACUACUCUGUGAUCUUGCCCGGAGGCUUAAGUAACGCCGCCGUAACCAAUACUCCGUUUUUGGCCAAAGAAGACGAAUACGACAUCAAAGGCAACGGAUCGCGAAUUGCUCGUGCCGAUGUGGCCCGAUAUUUGAUCAAAACUGCGGAGGAAGACCUGCACCACCGCAAAGUCGUCUCCAUCGCCCUGGACGCCUAACUUAUUUUUUUCUUUUUCAUUUUACUUCUUUGGACAAUAAAUCACCCUGAUCCAUA